AAACGCGAUGCAAACGGAAGCGCCGGCUUCGGUGACAGACAACAGCCCCGGCCAAUAAGAAGCGAGAGCCGCGUCCAAAAUUUCCCAAGCGUCCAAUAGGAAAGCGGGAAAGGCGGGAAGAGCAGGAGCAGCGGGUUAGGUUCUCCCCCCCCUCCUCAGCCGCUGUGGCUGUGAGGCAGAGUGUGUGCGGCUGUAGUGCGGGCGGCGAUGUGACGGGAAAGUUGUCGCUUGUUUUGUGGGGGACUCGUCAGGCGGCGGCUGCGACUUCUCAUCGGUAUUCAGUCUGAGGGAUCACUAUCGCAGCCGCGGUUUUAAGUCAUUGUUCACACUUGGUGCCUACUGCGUUAUCCAUAUAUAUAUAUUUUUUUUAUUUUUAUUUUUUUUCACCUCCGGAGGAGCACUACUCUAAAUGCCCGCAGCCAUGAUAGAGAAGGGGGCAGAGGGGUCGGGCAAAAGGAGGGGCAGGAAUAACGCUGCCAGCAGCAAAAGUUUGACGGCUCCGAACGGCAAUGGCAGCAACUCGUGGGAGGAAGGCAGCAGCUCGACCUCGUCCAGCGACGAUGAGCACGGGGGCGGUGGCAUGAGAGUGGGCAGCCAGUACCAGGCGGUGGUGCCGGACUAUGACCAGGAAGUGGCAAAGACAUGUCAGGAGCGGGAGAACCUCGGCAUGUUGGUGUGGUCACCUAAUCAGAAUUUAUCUGAAGCCAAAUUGGAUGAAUAUAUUUCUGUUGCAAAAGAGAAACACGGCUACAACAUGGAGCAGGCUCUUGGAAUGCUUUUCUGGCACAAGCACAACAUCGAGAAGUCAUUGGCUGAUUUACCUAACUUUACCCCGUUUCCUGAUGAAUGGACAGUGGAGGAUAAAGUUCUGUUUGAACAAGCGUUCAGCUUUCAUGGAAAAACCUUUCACCGCAUCCAGCAAAUGCUUCCCGAUAAAUCCAUUGCCAGCCUAGUCAAAUUUUACUACUCAUGGAAGAAGACCAGAUCCAAGACCAGCGUGAUGGAUCGCCACGCACGCAAGCAAAAACGUGAACGCGAAGGAAGUGGAGACGAGAUGGAAGAAAACAACAAUGCCGGAAACAACCCGAUUGACAUGGAGGUCGAUCCACAAAAAGAGCCUAAAAAAGAGGAGCCAAAAAAUGAUACCAUCCCUCAUGUGAAGAAAGACAAACAUCCAUCCCAGGCAAAGAACAGAGCAAAGAGGAAACCUCCCAAAGGAAUGUUCAUUUACAAGGAAGAUGUUGCAGCAGUUUCUGCAAAUGCCAGUGCAGCUACCACCCUGCUGAGACAACUAGAUAUGGAACUAGUCUCUAUAAAAAGACAGAUCCAGAAUAUUAAACAGAUGAACAGUGCUCUUAAGGAGAAGCUACAGGGUGGAGUAGAAGAGUUCAGGAUUCCUGAAGUUGCUCAAAAGAUUAACGCCCGCUGGACAACAGAGGAACAACUCCUCGCAGUACAAGCCAUCAGAAAAUACGGACGCGACUUCCAAGCAAUCUCUGACGUGAUCGGAAACAAGUCCGUGGUCCAAGUGAAAAACUUCUUCGUGAAUUAUCGCCGUCGUUUCAAUAUUGACCAAGUUUUGCAAGAGUGGGAAGCUGAACACGGGAAACCCGAGGAAAACGGUGAAUGCAUUGACAAGCCCAUGAAAUUGACAGAUACUGCUAUUAAGAUGUCAGAUGAGGAGGAAGAGGCUGCUCUUCUGGACGUCAGAUUCACCCCUGCUUCAUGAGACCAAGAACUGUUAGUGUUAAAUACUUAGUUUGCCCGGAAUUUCAGGUAUUAAAAGAACUCAGCCAACCACCCGCUCCAUGCUUCGUGGACAAGCAGCUACUUACCAAAAAGGCAAAUAACUUCCAGCCCUUUGAGAUAUCUGCCUUAAUCAUCUCUGGUCACCCCCUCCCCACAGACACACAUCCAACACUCGGCUUCCACUCCUAUUAGUGAUGACGGAGACAAUAAAAGUCCAUUAACUUCUUCACACCAUUGGAAUAAUGUGAUCAUCUUCAGCCUGUAAAUAUCCCGCAACCCACCCUCCGUCCCCCCGCCCCCCCCCCCAAUUCUGAAAUGUUCUCGGCUGCCUGACGACCACGGUCCCGGCUGUACAGAUGCUGCAUGCACAAACUUGUGUUCUUUGCUUUUUUGGAUGUUGUAAAAUUAGUUUAGCAUUAAUGAAGACCACCUCCUGUACACACGAAUUAGCCUCCUUUAGGAUAUUGUUUUCACUUUUACGGACAAAAACUCUGCAACCGACUUGUCAGAUCUCAGUUUUUCGUUUUGUCUGGGAUGAUUUCUGCGGACACAUUAAAAAAUCUCCAAAUAAUAUUUCUGGGUUCCGGGCGUUGUCUCCAAGCCGGAUAUUGUUUUUUGACCAUUGUUCGGGAAGGAGAAGAAUCAGUUUAGUUUUUUUUCCUGAUUUUCCAUAACUGUUAGGGAAUUUGUUAAUUUGUUUUUAUUUCUCAUUGUAUAGAUUUUUAUUUCUUUUUUAAGAUUUAAUAUUUUAUUUAAAUGGCUGCGUAUUGUCUUGAUAGGAAAUUCUCUUCUACACAAGUAAAAAAAAAAAAAAAUUUGUCAGCAAGUUAUAACUUACCCCCUGUAAUCUUAAAAAAAUGUUGAACAAGUGUGAACAUAAUUUUAUGGGGAAUAUAUUCUUACCACGGA